UGAGAAGAGAGGAUAAAGUGAUGCAUAUGAAUGAUGAACUCCAAACAAAUGAUAUCACAUGGAUUCUACAGAGCCUUAAUGUAGACGGUUAUGACCCACACAAUAAUCACACUCUUGAUGGAUUGCUGAAACAUAUAUGAAAGAAGAUUAAAGGAGAAGUUUGACAAGACAGAGGCAAAGAACACAGAUUGGCACAUCUACGGCAUUCAGUUCAAUAUUCAUCGAAACACAUUGUGGAACAAAACCAAAGAGAUAAAACGUUCGACCACCUCAAACUCAGAGACAGUCAAACCUAAAAGACAGCAUGGGGGUCAACCUAUUUUCACAAAAGAAGAAGAGGAUACAUUCGUUGCUCAUUCCAUUGCAAUGGCAUCUUAUGGUUUCCCAAUGACAUUACUUGAUUUGCGCUGUGUCGUCAAAUCAUAUCUAGAUCGAACUGGAAGAAAAGUUCCCGUGUUUGGAAAUGGAAACUUUCCUGGGAGAGAGUGGGCCAUGUCAUUUAUGAAGCGGCAUAAGUAUGUUCUCUCCGAACGUGUCACCAAAAAUAUCACAUAUGCAAGAGCUGCGACUGAUACUGAAGUGAUUGACUCAUAUUUUGAGCAUUUAGAGAAGGCGUUAGAGGGUAUUCCGCCAGAAAAAAUUUGGAAUUACGACGAAACGAACGUCCAGGACGAUCCGGGAAGCAAAAAAGUGUUGGUCAGAAGAGGAGCAAAAUAUCCAGAGCGGAUACAAAAUUGUUCCAAAGCGUGUACUUCGAUUAUGGUCUGUGGGAACGCCGCAGGACAGUUGGCUCCACUAUACGUAAAUUACAAGGCCGAGAACAUGUGGUCGACCUGGACCGAAAAUGGACCUGAAGGAGCCCGCUACAAUCGUACUAAAUCUGGAUGGUUUGAUCACCAAGUGUUUGAGGACUGGUUCAUCAAUCUUAUGCUCCCCAUACUGAAACAACAAGAUGGCCAAAAAGUUCUUAUUGGCGAUAAUUUGAGUUCGCAUAUUAACCUAGAGGUUAUUCGACUCUGCGAAAAGUAUGGGAUAAAAUUUAUCGCACUCCCACCAAAUGCGACACAUCUACUGCAACCGCUAGAUGUUGCCAUAUUCAGAGUUCUAAAACUGAUUUGGCGUGAAAUUUUGUCAGAUUGGAAGCAAUCGACAUCUGGUAGCCGGUGCACAUCAGUUCCAAAAGAUGAACUGCCUGGUCUGUUAAAGAAAAUGAUGGACAAGCUGCAGGAGAACAUCAUAAAAAAUCUCCAGUCAGGAUUUAGGAAGACUGGGAUUUUUCCGCUUAACAAAAUGGAAGUCCUCCAAAGACUCCCGAAGGCCGUCUUGGAAGAGAGCCUACAGUCCUUAUCAGGAGUGGUUGGUGAGAUCUUCAUAGAAGAACUGCAGAAGAAGAGAGAAGAGGUUACAGGAUGCCGGGCCCCCAAGAGAAGGAGAAGGCUCACUGUUCCAGCAGGCAGAAGUAUCUACAGUGCCGAAAUCGAAGCCAGUAGGGCGGAACAGCCGAAAGGGAAGAACACAAAAGCCAGCACUUCCUCCAGACCCAGCGGAUCCAAGGAAAAGGCUGUACUGGCAGGUGAGAUGUCUGAAGAAAGCUCUUCAGAUGAAGACAACAGCAGAGAGAGGAACUGGAUGGAUGAAGAUCCCAGUGACCCCGACGUGCUGGAUGAAUCUUUCAGCUGUUUGGAGGAUUCAGAACCUGAAAUGUCUCCCACAAAAGUGAUUCCAAAUGAUAAAGACGUCUUGGGAAUCGACAGCAUGGCUCCUGAAAAAAACGUUUUCAAAGUGGAUGAUUUUGUAGUGGUGAACUUUGAAGGGAAACUUUUUCCAGGAAGGGUGACUGAAGAAAAACAAGAGGGCUACAUUGUCAGCGUUAUGGAGAGGACCAAGAUGUUCUGGAAGUGGCCUACUAAAGAAGAUGCUAUUCUGUACUCCAAAGAAGAAGUUUUCUACACUAUCGACCCCCCAAGACCGGUAGGAAAGCGAGGGUUCUUUGAGGUGAAAAAUCUAGAUUAG